GACCAGAGUUGCUAGACGAUGAUGACGGUCAGGAAAGACCUCCUUCAGUACUCCAGCUGGUAAUAUACAUCCUCUUUCCUUCAACUUCAAGCACCACUGGGACUCAAGAUGCGCUUCUCUGCUUACCUUGGUUCAGCACUCGCACUCUUUCCCACUGUUGCGCUCUCACUUACGAUCACUCCGUCUUUGCACUCGAUCUGUGACUCACCUUCCCUGGUGUCUGAGACUCAAAUCGGUGAAAACAAGGAUGUGACUGUUCAAGCCCUCAAAUGUGCAAACACCAUAACAACUGCUGCAGUCAACGAAGCUCGCAUUCGUGACCUCAGUUCGUUGGAGAAACGACAGGUCAAUGUUUGCACUACGGAUUGCACUAGGAACUGUUUCACUCCUUCUGGAGGAGGGCCUGACCCGAACGAAUGUCACGUUAUAUCUGACGCCCUUCUGUUCAACAGCGAGAACAUCGGUGACCUAUUCACUAUUCCGGCCGAUGCUGCUGUGGUCACGAUGCAGUUCCGUUCCUGCCUUACCUUCUUUGUCAACCAGGCUGGUGUAGACGAGCAAUUCUGUCGUGCAGACUGGGCCUCCAUCAUCGACAACGUCGCGUUCAAUUGUCAGGCUCCUCAGAACGCUCAUGGUGGAAAUUGCGUCCCUCAAGAUCAGAGAUGGUUCAUUCAGGUGCAGAACGUCAAUGCUUAAGAAGACGGUCAUACCUCGUUACAAACUAUCGGGAAUGUUCGUGGACGCUUGACAUUAUUCUUACAUAUUGUACGGACUCUAUUCUCUGAGCUUACUACGUACAUUUUACUAUCUUGAUAUGAUUACCCUCACUGUGGAUGGUGCUCGAGUUACUUGACGGAACAUCUGUACACUCGCUUCCUCCUGUUUUGGUAUCAUUGAGCAAACAAACCAUCAGUCAGCCA